AUGGCGCGCGGCGGGCGCGGGCGGUGGGGGCGCUGCGGGCGCGGCGCGCUGCUGGCCUGCGCUGCGUGGACCGCGGGCUGCGUGCUGGCGGCCGCGCUGCUGCUCCGCGCGCACCCGGGCGUCCUCUCCGAGCGCUGCACCGACGAGAAGAGCCGGCGCAUCCUGGCCGCGCUAUGCCAGGAGUUCGAGGGCGGGGCGCUGGUGGGGGACCUCUGUGAGGACCUGUGUGUGGCCGGGACGCUGCGCUACCGGCGCUGCCUGUACUACGAGCGGGGCAAGAAGGUGCUGCAGGCGGACUGGCGCGGCCGGCCCGUCAUCCUCAAGUCCAAGGAGGAGGCCUUCUCCAGCUUCGAGCCGCUCAGCCUGGCCGAGGACGCGGCCGACGGCGGCCAGGACUUCCCGGAGGCCGAGCUGCUGCUGCUGGUGGCCGGCGAGGUCAGGAGCGCGCUGGGCCUGGAGCUGCCCAACGGCAGCCUGGGGCCGCUGUGGCCCGGGGGGCGCGGCGGGCGCGGGCGGGGCCGGCUGGCCAGCCUGUGGGCCCUGGUGCAGCAGGGGGAGUUCGUCAUGCUCAGCCUGCUGCAGGACCUGAGCCGGCACGCGCCGCCCCUGCUGGGCUCCUGCGGCCACUUCUACGCGGUGGAGUACCUGGCCGCGGGCAGCCCCCGCCACAGGACCCUCUUCCCCCUGCACGGGGCCGCGGGCGCCCCUCGGGGCGGCCGGCACCAGGCCAAGGCCAUCAGCGACAUGGCGCUCAGCUUUCUGGACCUGGUGAGGCACUUUGAUGACGACUUCUCCCACCGCCUCCACCUCUGCGACGUCAAGCCCGAGAACUUCGCCAUCAGGAGUGACUUCACGGUGGUGGCCAUCGAUGUGGAUAUGGCAUUUUUUGAGCCCAAAAUGAGGGAAAUUCUCGAGCAGAAUUGCACGGGGGACGAAGACUGCAAUUUCUUUGACUGUUUUUCCAAGUGUGACCUGCACAUCCACAGGUGUGGAGCAGAAAGAGUCAACAGCAACCUGCAGGUCAUCUGUGACAAGAUAUUCCGCCACUGGUUCUCCUCCAGCCUCAGGACCUCUGCCGUCCCGGUCCAGCUGCAGCUGCAGCUGCGGGACGCGGUGCAGGAAUGUGCAGACCCUCGGGGCACCGCCGGCAGCCCGCCAAGAGCGGCCCCCGACGUGUUCUGGAAGCUUCAGCGCCUCCUCCAAGCCACGCAGAGGGAACUGCAGGAGGCAGAGAAGUAACCACUCCCGUGGCCUUGGGUCGAUUCCCUCUACAUUGUUUCCGGAAAGGGAUGCUUCCUCUAUACAAGUGAGCACACCCCAAGGUGUCACUGCGGUCCUUCUGAAAUGUGAAAUCUCUGAUGCCCUCCCCACCCCACGCCAGCAGCCAGGAUGUGCGCCCUUCACUCCCAUCCUGGCUUGAUUCGCUCCCGUUUGAGGCCACCUCCCUGGCCUCUGACCUGUCACCCUUUAAAGGUGACAUGAGGGAGGCAGGUGCAGUGUUUUUCCGUUUGGAAGCAGCACAUAUCCGUGCAGUGACUCUGAGGAACGUUUGUGCUCAGCCGUCAGAGCGACAGGCCUCUAGCUGCCCUGGCUGCAAAUGUGCCCGCGUUUUAAAAAGUGCACACACAUGCACAUGAGCAAGUGUGGGUGUUCACACGGGUGUGCUUGCAUGCGUGUGUGCACGAGUGUGUGAGAACGUGCCUGUCUGAGCACCAGCAGGGAGCCUGUGAGGCUCUGGGGCAGGGGAAGGGGGUUCCCCUCCAGGACAGCCUGCCUCGCUAGCCAAGGGGAGCUGCCUUUCUUUUGGAAUAAAAUACAAUGAAAACAAAAGUUGCAUCUUUAA